UGACUGAUUUCAUGAUGAACAAUUAAUGGUUUAACUUUAAAUUAGUUUGUAGUUUUUAAAACCUAGACAUAAACUGUUUUCAUGCUGAUUCUUAAUACGUUGACUAUAUUAAUACAAGUAGUUUUUAUAGUGUUUAUGUCAAUAUUGUCAAUGAAUAUAUUAAAAUAUUUCACUGGUACUUUAAGAACAAUGGCCACGGUUGCUCCUGCUCUAUUCGUCAACCAUGGAGGUGGACCUCUGCCGCUGUUGGGGGACAAGGAACACGCUGGACUAACUGUAUUCCUGAGAGACGAAGUUAAAAAGCAUGUGAACCUAAAAGAAUUGAAAGCGAUAAUACUGGUCACAGCGCACUGGGAGGAAGACGUCGUUACCAUUUCAUCCGGUAAACACCACGAUUUAUACUUUGACUACUACGGCUUCCCCCCUGAAUCAUACAAAUACAGAUACGACGCGCCAGGGAAUCCUGAAUUGGCCAAUAGAAUACACGAAAAACUUAAAAACUCCGGUAUAGACUCUAAAUUAGAUCCAAAACGAGGUUGGGACCACGGAGUUUUCGUUCCGAUGCUUCUGAUUAAUCCCGCGGCAGACAUUCCCAUAGUACAAAUAUCCGUAUUGAACAGUCAAGAUCCAAAGAAGCAUUAUGAAUUAGGCGAAGCACUUCAGGAGUUCCGCAAAGAGGGUAUCGCUAUCCUAGGCUCCGGUAUGUCCUACCAUAACAUGAGAGAGUUCAGGUUCGGACGAAACCAAGACCACGUUGUAAACACGGAAUUCGAUGAGUACAUAACUAAAGUGUGUACGGCUAAAGAUGAGAAAUCAAGACGAGAAGGUUUGUAUUCUUGGAGAGACCAGCCCGGGGCCACAGAGGCACAUCCAGCGCGAGCCGCUGAGCAUUUUAUGCCAUUGAUCGUUGUGGCUGGUGCGGGUGGGACAGCCCAAGGCGAAAGAAUCUUCAAUUGGGAUAUGGCUAAUACGUUUAGAUUGAGUGCCUUCAUAUGGAAAGGCUUGUGAACUAAAAGUUUAGAUUCCGGUAUUGAAACCUAUAAUUAAAGCAUUCUUUGGUAAUGGGUAUAAGUUUUUUUAUAGCAGAACUCGAGCAUUGAAGUUGAUUGAUAAGAAAUAUAUAUCGCGUUUAGUCUACAAACAUACUUUUUCUUCAUCUAUUUAUGUAACACAGAUAAAUAACGGAUUUAAUUAGGUACAAAGAUAUGCAAUAUAGGAUUAAUUAAAAUGUCGCUCAAACCAAAUAACCCUUCACUAGAUAAUAUUGAAAUUUAAAAACGAUUAGUGUAUAUAAAAUUUAUUAUUGACGAUAAAUAGAACCCUUAGAAUUAAAGUGGCUUAACUAGAAAUGUAAAGACAAUAUGAGUUUUAUACAUUGAACGCCUUACAUAAAUGCAUUCUAUCGGAUUAUAAAAUUGACAAUUCUCAUUUAGUUUUACUGGUGGUAGAACUUCUUGUAAGUCCACACUGGUAGGCACCACCACCCUGCCUAUUUCUGCUGUGAAGCAGUAAUGCGUUUCGGUUUGAAGAG